UUCAGUGUAAAAUGUUUAUUUUAGUGAAAUACAAGAAGGUGAGCAAUUUCCAAUUUCCGUUUAACGUGACUUAUUAAAUCCCAUGCACAUUCUUCUAGUAUUAUUGUAUACCGCUAUAAAAUUUAAACCAGAAAAGUGUUUCUCCUUGUUAGUAGUAAUCUGCCCAAAAAAUGAAUAUGACAAUUCCAAGUCUUAUCUGCCAUCUCUAAGAAAGCCACUUGAAAAUGUUAGGUAGGUCCCAUGGGUCCUGGUCCAGGGAUCUGUCCCUGGGUCCCCACCAGGCUCGGCUGCAGGCAGUUGCCUAAGGCGUCCUCCGCCUUCAGCCACGCUGCAAUCCUUGCUCCAGGCACUGCGGCAGGUUCUCUCCAUGCCCCCAGGAGGACUCUCCAAACCCGGCUGGCUCAUUUCUCCUGCCCCGGAGGAUCCAGACGCCCUGGCAGCUCCUGGGCUCCAGGACGGAGAAUAGGAUGCUGCCUCCAGUCCUAAUUGCCCCAAGUUUCUUUCCAGAGGGCCCAGGAGGCUGCUCCAAGUUUGCUCUGCCGGGCAAGCGACCGAGCGUCGGGUCCCGGGAGGGGGGCGGCGGGGGGCGCGGGCGGAGGGCGGGGAGGGGAAGGACGCGGGAGUCGGGGUUGGGGGGGGCACCGGGAGGGGGAGGAGCAGGAGCGCGAGGCCUCGGCGCUACCUUUCUCCAAACAACGUUGCCACACGCGGAGAGCACGGAGAUUUCUGGGGCUUCGGAGGGAAUCGUGAGCGGGCGGGCGGAGGCCGGGGACCACACAGGUGAGCCCCCGCCCGCGCCCUGCCCUGGACCGCGGCGGGCGCUGCCGGCCCCCGCUCCUCCGCACCCAGCGUCCACACGGUGCAUCGCCUCAACCCCUCACUUUCCACCGCCAACCUGUGGCCCCCUCCCCCGUGCUCGCCCUCCGCCCCCACCCCGGCUGCGAGGGGCUGCCACACUUUCCCAAGCCCGCAGGCGCACCCCCACCCCGCGCAGCGCUGCACCCCCCAACUCAUUCCCUGCGGCCCCCUCCGGGGGAAAAAAAUGAAACCAGAGCGGCCGAGGAGGCGGGCGGCAGGGGCCGGGACGCGGAGCAGAGGUGAGGGAGAGAGGACUUACUUUGCGAGGCGCGGUGCGGGGCGCCGCCGACGAGAAAUAAAGGCCCGGAGCCCCUCGAGCGCAGUAAUGUCAGGGCUCCAGUCAGGGCGGCGUUGGCGGCGGCGGCCGCAGGGGACGGGGACGGGCGCGCGUGCGGCGGGCGCUCUCGCUGCGCUCCGGCUCGGGCCCCGGCUCCGCGCGGCUCCGCUCCUGGCUCCCCUCUGGCUCCUGGCACCAACUCCGGGCAGUCACAUGACGCCGGCGCCGCUCGCUCUGCGAGCCUCCCGGGGCUGGCGGGGAGAGCAUGGUGAAAGCAGAGGGUUUCUACCCUGGAGGACCGUGCAUGAAUGCCAGCUCUGUGGGCCCUCAGAAUCUACUGGCUGAAUGAAUGAGUGAAGGCUGCAAUGUCCUCAGCGCUGCUGUCUGUCACCCUGUGUUUGAGGUGCUGUUUCAGCUAUCAUUCGUCCAGUUAAGAAUUGGAAAUGAGUGCUAUUUAUGACAAAGGUGACACUUUGCUCAUCCUUCCCCCAAAAUUACAGUUCCAAAAUUUUCUAUACACUCCUUCUAAAUUGGAUGGCAACUUGCCCAUUUUCCUUUUCGAAAUGUACCAAAAUAUUAACAUUGGUGACCACGGGCUAGGGAGUAUGAUCUUAAUAAAUUUACAAAUCUUCUGAUCAAC